AUGAACGCGACCUUCCUGAACCACAGCGGCCUGGAGGCAGAGGGCGGCUUGGGCGGCGGCGGCGGGGCCGCCCUGGGGAACCGCAGCCACGGGCUGGGCACGUGGCUGGGCUGCUGCGCCGGGGGCGCGCCGCUGGCCGCCAGCGACGGGGUCCCCGCGGGGCUGGCGCCCGACGAGCGCAGCCUGUGGGUGACGCGCGUGGCGCAGAUCGCUGUGCUGUGCGUGCUGUCGCUCACCGUGGUCUUCGGCGUGUUCUUCCUGGGCUGCAACCUGCUCAUCAAGUCGGAGAGCAUGAUCAACUUUCUGAUGCAGGAGCGCCGGCCCUCCAAGGACGUGGGCGCCGCCAUCCUGGGGCUGUACUGA